AUGACCGAGCCAGUGUCACGAUCUAACCUCACAGCAAUCAAUUAUGGGUCAGAUUCUGAGAAGGCUGAUUCUGAUUACCAGGUACAUUGGACAAAUAUCAUGAGCAAACGACAAUAUCGCAGCCCCCUGUCUUACAAAAAGGUCGCGGUCCUUCUGCUGCGGUGGAGCGAUCAUUGCGAUGACCUUGGCACCAAGGAUGAAGUCGAAGCUCUAGCUGAUGUUUUCAAGACCCGAUUUGGGUACCAUACAACGAUUGAGUGUCUCGAUAACCAGGAUAACAACAGGGUUGGUAUCAAUUUAGUCGUCGCUAGCUGGGUCGCAGCUCACAACGGGCCCAAUAUAAAUACAUUGUUCAUCGUCUACUACGCGGGCCAUGGCAAGCCAGGGUCGGUUCACGGUGAGAUCAAACUAUUUGGACAGUCCAACCCGAAUGAUCCGAACGAAGCGGAGCAAGAGAGAAACUAUCUUAUUUGGAAUGGUGUUGAGAAGCUCUUGAAGGACGCCGACGCAGAUGUACUAGAGAUCUUCGAUUGGUAUGUUCCGUCUAUCAAAUUACAGGGAAAGAAUUUGACCCCCAAAGCUGUCACGCCGAAACCCUGGGGCUCACCAGAGGUAGCCAUAGGUCAGUGCCACGAUCAAAUCCACACCUUAGAGGUGAAGCUGACCGAUACUGUCAGAUCGUUUGAAUAUAUCGCGGCAACAAGAGCAAAAGAAGCCACGGCCGUUCCGGGAAAGAAUUCCUUCACCUCAGCCUUGAUAUAUGCCCUGAUAACACUGUAUGAAGAGAAACUGCCGGAAAGUCGAUUCACUGCUGUCGAUAUUCUUGAUACAAUAAGGAAUCGAGCGCCCCACUUUUCAAAAUCCCAGUUCCCAAGACUGCUUAAUCGAAUCACAGACAAGAACCCUGGCCGCAUAAUGCUCCACCCACUCAAUCCCAAAGAAACCACAGAGCCACCACUAGCAAAUGAGCAGGAUAUUCUUCUCGAACAUGCAGAAAAGCACACCAUGACAUUACAUUUCGAUCUCGCAAAGAAAAUGAACUUCGACGUCCUAGGUAUUUUUGGUGACCAACUCAAUGGUAUUUUCGAUCACCACUUUCUAGGGGUGAACAACGUCCGCUGGGGAGGCAUGAGACCAGGACCAGUCGGCAUGGUAAGAGAACGGUUACAUGAAAUGCGCCGGAAGAAAUCCAGCUUCGACAGUGGUAGUCCGGAGCAGCGUCGUGCAGCUCUGCGGCUACUAACGCCCAAUACUGGUCCGCUGACCUCACCAUACUCUCCAGAUUCCUUGAAUAAAAGCCAACAAGCACUUAUUUCGGAGCCAAGUACUGCUCCAAUGACACCUCUACCGGAAACCCUGGGUAAUGAAAUUGGAGAACCCUCCAGAAAGCGGAGGAGAAUGGAAGAGAGCUCUGGGGAAGACUUGCAGCAUGUGGGUUCUCAAUACAAUUAA